AACGAUAGUACAGUUUGGAAGUAUAGACGGUCCUUGGAUGGUGAGCGAGUGAUGGCGAGGUAAACAAUGGAGGGGCCCAAGGGAGGCUCCUGUCGUGCCUGGCUUGCCAUGGCCCGUGGACCCUUCAGACUGCUGUUGUGUGUAGCUGCCCUUGCCCCGACAAUCCUGGCCGCCAACCAGAUCAAGGGCCUGGACGAUGCCAUCCUGUUUAGACUCAACUGGGGUGGCGGCGAUGCGGGCCUGCUGGAUUCACCAGAUUAUGAGAAGCUGGUGAUGACAAGCUCCAUGAAUGAGAGAUAUGAGUGUCUGGUGCCCAUCAAGUAUGGAGACAACAGUGACAAACAGAAAAUCUACAAAGGUCCCAGCCCUAUAGCACUACUGAUGCCACUCUUCAAGAAACAAUCCUGCAACUUGCGGCUUGAGCCUUACUGGACCUAUGAGUUGUGUCAUGGCCGCCACAUCAAGCAGUACCGGGAGGAGCGGGAAGGCAAGAACAUACAGUUGCUGGAGUUCACUCUCGGAAUCUUCACGGAGGAAAGUCUCGCUUCUCUCAGUGAGCAGGCAGAAACCAUAACUCAAGAGAUUCCUGUCAGUGCCAACAUUCCUACCACCAAGAUUGAGGGGGUGGACACUCCUUACUUUAUGGUGAACUAUACACACGGCUCCAUCUGUGACGUGACUGGCCGGCCACGAACUAGUCAUGUGCUCUUUGUGUGCUACGAGGAAGGCAGGCAUGACAUUUACAGCAUCAAGGAGACAUACAGUUGCGAGUAUGAGAUUGUCGUCCUCCCUAACCUCUGCCAGCAUCCUCUGUACAGGCCCCGGGAACUUCUCCUGACAAAUCUGCACUGCAUUCCCAUGGAGGGCAGCCCAAAGAGACCACGCAACAUGCUGCAAAUUGAAGCCGAGAGUCUGAAGCUGCGGUCCAGUGACGCAAUACUGGCUGGUGACACUUCCAGUGGUUCUGUAAAGUUAAAGGUUCAGGACGAGGAGGAGGAAGAUACCACUACUACUACCUUUUCCUCUUCGACUUCUGAACCACAGCCUCGAGUGCCCCUCUUUUCACCUCAGCCAGCUAUUGAUCAGAAGCUAGUAGAGGACUUCCUGAAUGGAGAUUAUUGCCUUCAUGGGGGUAGUGGGUGGUGGAAGUACGAGUACUGCCAUGGACGCAAAGUGGAGCAGUACCAUGAGGAACAGGACGGCACCAGGACUUCAAUCCUCCUAGGUACCUUCAAAAUGGAGGACCACAAGAAGUGGAUUACACAGAAUCCAGAGAAAUCCUACAAGCCAAGUAAGAGGCAUGUGUCCCACUUCUACUCAGGUGGCACAACUUGUGAUGUCACCGGUGCACCAAGGCAGGUGGAGGUGAAGUUGAAGUGUAAGGAGUCCAACAGCCCAAGUUCCAUGGCUGUUUACCUGCAGGAGCCCCGCACCUGUGAGUAUGUGCUGGUUGUGGAGACAUCCAUUGUGUGUCCGUUGUUGCAGCAUGCUGACCAUCUGGGCUGGUUCAGUGCAGCACUCCCACCAGAUGUUGCUCAGAUAACAAACGAAUUGUCUUCCUCAAUCAGUGGAUCAGUAAAGCAAGAUACACACAAGGGAACUGUUGAGUUGACUCCCCUAGAUGAAGAUGAAGAUGAAGAGGAGGAUGAAGAUUAUGAUGAUGGUGGUGAAUAAGUGUUACUGUACAUUAAAAGUGCCUUCUAUUGACCAAGUGGAAGAACAUCUUUUCUCAAAUUUUAGAUAUAUUAAAAAGAUAAAUGGUUUAGUGGAGGGUUUGUCUUGAAAGGAAAUUACUCUGUAACUUAAAUGGCAAAACAGCAGUUGGGACUUAGGGACCAUGACUGAUUUAUAACUUAUUUGUCCCAUUUGAUUCUUGUGAUGUACUACAGUUGAUAAAAUUUAUGAUUACAGACAAAAAAAAAAGUACCAGCUAUAAAAACCUAUAUAUUGUGCUGAUAAUGCUCAAAUAUUUUCUGUGAAUUUAAUUUAAGUAUGAUAAUAUUAGAUGAAUAAAUACACUUGUUCACUAGAAAGUAAAACCAGAAAGUCUUCUUUUUUAGUAUUCAAAAUGACUGAAUAGCUUCUUUACAUUGCAUUCCAUUUUAUAAAGUGAUGAUCAAGGCAUGGCAUGUAGUUUAAUGUUUUUUUUUUUUUUUUUUUUUUUUCUCUCCAAGCAUACAAAUGUCAAGAAAAUAGAAACUGAAACAGAAUACAGAGAGAUUUGUAUGAAUUGUCAACAAUUGUUAUGCAGCCUCACAUCUAAUCUGAAUUUUUACAAAUACUGCUGCAGCACUUAACUACUAGAUAUGUUUGUUGGAUGGUUCUCAAGCCCUUUUUUUGUAUACAAUUACCAAUAUAUUUUGCCAACUAAAGUUUUGAAAUGAUUUUUGGAAAUUGUUAUCAAACAAAUCAAGUUACUUAGUCGUAAUAGAUUUGCAUACUAUUUCAUUCAUUACUGUUUAGUAGUUUGUAUUACUCAGGAUUCAACCACUACUACUACUGCUGGUAGCCAAAUGCUAAUACAACAUGCAACUAAAUACCUUACAGUGCCACUGAAUAAUACUGAUUAAUACAACCAACAGUGUUGCUACUACUAUUGCCAAUGAUAAUGUGCAUCAAAGUUAGCUGAAAGUACUUCCCUGUUCAGCAGCUUACUGUUAUACAUUUGGCUGAGCUGUGGCAACUUGAGGUACAUCAGAUAUCACAAAGGGAGUGGCUUGGAGGGACUUGACUGGGUGGUUUAAAUGAUAUGUUUUAGUGAUAUUCACUUUUGAUAUAGUGAUGUAAUGUCUUCUGCACUGGUGAGAUAAAGAAGUACAGGUGUGCAGUGUGGGGUUUGAUAUGUUGUAGAUUACUCCUUAAGUGUUGCUGAGAACUAGUAGCUUUCUUCAUGAUUCAUAAUGAUGUCAGUGAAAUAUUAAUACUGUUCUUAUUCUCCUGUGAUCUGUGAUGACGGAAAUAAGAUUAAAAAACAAAUAUAAUGAUGCUGUAGAUAUAAACCAACACAUAUUAUAUAUAGCACAUUUGUUGUUGAAGGGUUAGUGUGAUGUUAUUUAUAAAGUGAAUGGUAAAAUUUGUAUGGUAGGGACUAUACUGAUGCUGUGUGACAACUACCUUGAAGCCUAUCUCCUAUCACUGUGUAGAGAGUUUUGUAUUCCUGUACACAUUUGGAAGUAAAAUGUAUAUUUAUAAUAAAUCCAUUUACAUAA